AUGUCUAUAAGCAGGAACCAGCUGAUCUUACUACUAGGAUUUAUUUUUUUGGAACAAGACAAAUCUGAAGCUCUUUCUCUUCCCAAAGCUCCUAAUUGUGGUCAGAGUCUGGAUAAAACACAGCCUUGGAAUUACUAUAACUUUUUCAGUCGCAUUGUUGGAGGAAGCCAAGUGGAGAAGGGUUCCUAUCCCUGGCAGGUAUCUCUGAAACAAAGGCACAAACACAUCUGUGGAGGAACCAUCAUCUCUCCACAGUGGGUGGUCACAGCUGCUCACUGCAUUGCACACAGAAGCAUCGCAUCAGCUCUAAAUGUGACUGCCGGAGAAUAUGACUUGAGUCAGACAGAUCCCGGAGAGCAAACCUUGGCCAUUGCAACCGCCAUCAUUCAUCCACAGUUCUCCAUCAGGAAACCAAUGGACUAUGAUAUAGCUCUUCUGAAAAUGGCUGGAACCUUCCAAUUUGGCCAGUUUGUGGGGCCCAUGUGUCUUCCGGAGCCAGGGGAGAAAUUUAAGGCUGGAUUUACUUGUACAACUACAGGCUGGGGCCGCUUGACAGAAGGUGGCAAUUUCCCACAAGUCUUGCAUGAGGUAAACUUGACGAUCUUGCCCCAGAAGGAGUGCACCGCAGCUCUGCUGACCCUGCAGAAGCCCAUUACGGGCAACACCUUCCUCUGCACGGGCUCUCCGGAUGGAGGGCGAGACGCGUGUCAGGGAGACUCUGGAGGUUCACUCGUGUGUCCGAAUAAGAAAGGAACCUGGACUCUGGUCGGUGUGACUUCUUGGGGUUUGGGCUGUGGCCGAAACUGGAGAAAUAAUAGGCAGAAAAAAAGGCAGGGGUCCCCAGGGAUCUUCACAGAUCUCAGGAAAGUACUCCCCUGGGUCUAUGAGAACGGGAAAGGGCUUGCUUCAUUCAUUCCCAUUGACUCCAAUUCUAUAAGGCUAAAGUUCAGUUCCAAUGCUGCUGAUUAUGCCACUGAAUUUAAUCUCACCCAUAAAGCUCUUAAGUCAAACUACCUUCCUGGUAGAGAAAUCAGGAAGGGUUCACCAGCCAAGUCCAAGUUUUACUGCCCAGAAGGAGCCCCCUUCUUCCAGAAAUCUGCCCCUGGAGAAGAUUUGCCUGCAGGCCAGCUUCCCUGUGUUUCGAGUCCCAUACAAAACUACAGAGCUAGCAACAAUCUCUUAGGAAGCCCCCUCCCCAGCCCCAUCUCCCCAGAGACACUCUCCUCCCCGGACUCUUGCAGCACAGGGUGCCUGUGCAAAUCGGCAAAUCAAGAUCCUGUUGGGAGAAUUGGAGCAGCCCAGACUCUGUGCCCCUCCCGGCAUCCAUGGGUGUAUUUAAUUCUGCUUCAUCUUAUCAGUAAAGGUCCUUCAAGCAUGUAA